AUGAAUCUGUAUUCUCAACCCACCAAUUAUACAGCCCUCUUAAACAGCCAACAAGAUCCCCAAUCUUUUUCUUUUGAGUCUCAUGAGCCAAGCGUACAACUAGGCUCAUCUCAACUCCCUGUCUUCGGUACUCAAUAUGGUGAAGGGUCAAGUCUGGAUGGAGACACACCGUCGGAACCGAAAGAGAGGAACGCAUGGAAUCCGCCGGAUGAUCAUCUGCUAAUCAGCGCAUGGCUGAACACGAGCAAGGACCCGAUUACAAGCAAUGAGCAGAAGUUACAAGCUUUCUGGACACGGAUUUCAGUUUAUGUGACGGCAAAUGCUAAAGCUGCAGGAAGAACCAUGAAGAGAGAGCCAACUCACUACAAGAAUAGGUGGCAGAAGAUUAGUGGGUUGGUUACAAAGUUUAGUGGAGCCUAUGCGGCAGCAACAAGAGAGAGAGCUAGUGGUGAGAACGAUGUUGACGUUUUGAAGAAAGCUCACCAGAUAUUCUACAAGAUUCACAAAAAGAAGUUCAUUCUUGAGUAUGCUUGGAGUCAACUGCGCCAUGACCAGAAAUGGUGUGAGCUAUCUACAAGUAAAACUGAUUCAGACUCUAAAAGAAGAAAGUUUGAUGAUGGUUCAAAUUCGGCAACCUCUUCUGCUGCUGAUGAAGCACAGACACGUCCUCCUGGUGUUAAGGCGGCUAAAGCCAAGGCUAAGAAGAGUGUGGAGGAAGGCAAAAAUGAUGUCGAGCUGCGCACCAUUAUGGAGAUUAAAAAUAAGGACUACGAAAUGAAAAAGAAGGACAACGAAAUGAAAGAUACUCUGGCUGACAAGAAGAUACUAGACAGUCUCAUUGCGAAAACAGAACCAUUAUCUGAGGCUGAAGAAGCUUUGAAGGAGAAGCUUAUUUCGUUGAUCUACUCUUAA